CUUCUACCUUUUCCAUUUUCCAAAACAAAACCAAACUUCUCUCUUCUAUCUCUUCUCUCUCUCAUACUCACGUAGAAAUCAUCGUCUUCAUCAAAAGCAAUGAUCUCUUCAAUUAAACCGGCUUCAUCCUCCUUCUCCGCCGUCUUCGGUGGCUUAAAGCGGUCAAUUCCGAUAAAGCUCUGUUUUUCUCCUUUAAACAUCAUUAGAAACUCCAACAACCAAAGCUUUAAUAUCUCCCAUCAAAACCCUCUCCACAUUUCAUCUACACAGAGCUUUUCGAAUUUCAAGCGUGAGGUCAGAGUCGAAGCUUUCGAGGCGGAUCGAUCUCGUCCCCUCGACAUCAACAUCGAGCUUCCGAACGAACAAUCGGCGCAGAAGCUGAAAAUCGGAAUCUAUUUCGCGACUUGGUGGGCUCUUAACGUUGUCUUCAACAUCUACAACAAGAAAGUUCUCAAUGCUUUUCCUUACCCGUGGCUAACUUCGACGUUGUCUCUCGCUUGUGGGUCUCUCAUGAUGCUCGUCUCUUGGGCCACUAGAAUCGCUGAAGCUCCUAAAACUGAUCUCGAUUUCUGGAAAACUCUGUUCCCGGUGGCUGUGGCACACACGAUAGGACACGUGGCAGCAACAGUGAGUAUGUCAAAAGUAGCAGUUUCCUUCACGCACAUCAUCAAAAGUGGUGAACCAGCUUUCAGCGUGUUGGUCUCAAGAUUCUUCUUGGGAGAGACUUUCCCUCUUCCGGUCUAUCUUUCUCUCUUACCCAUCAUCGGAGGCUGCGCUCUCGCAGCAGUCACAGAGCUUAACUUCAACAUCAUCGGGUUUAUGGGAGCAAUGAUAUCGAAUCUAGCAUUUGUGUUUCGGAACAUCUUUUCGAAGAAAGGGAUGAAAGGAAAAUCAGUUAGCGGAAUGAACUAUUACGCUUGCUUAUCGAUGAUGUCUCUAUUGAUACUCACUCCAUUUGCAAUCGCUGUGGAAGGUCCUAAAAUGUGGGCUGCUGGUUGGGAAAACGCAGUUUCUCAAAUCGGACCAAACUUUGUCUGGUGGGUGAUGGCACAGAGUGUGUUCUACCAUUUGUAUAAUCAGGUCUCAUACAUGUCCUUAGACCAGAUUUCGCCAUUGACUUUCAGUAUCGGUAAUACCAUGAAGCGGAUUUCGGUUAUUGUGGCUUCGAUUAUCAUAUUUCAUACACCGGUUCAACCGGUUAAUGCACUCGGUGCCGCCAUUGCCAUUCUUGGAACUUUCCUCUACUCACAGGCUAAAAUGUGAGGAUGGUUUAGGAGGCUGUUUUAUUUGUUGGGGUGGAUUUUGAUAAAAAUGAGCUAACAAGAGUAGCCGGAGAGGAGAGAAUAAUCCGGUGAGAUCAACAUCGGAAAGUGCUUUUCCCGGUCAAUGGAUGUGAAGAAAGCGGAGCUUGAAGUUAGAAUGUUUGCUUAUUAUUUUACAUAGUUUGUAUCAUACUGAAUUUUUGCACUAGACAGGGUAGAUAUUCUAUAAAUAUCUUAUUAUAAAUUCUCUUCCUUCUCUUUUGUUUCUUUUUUUUUGGGUAAUGCUAAUGCUAAUAAAACAAAUCAGACUAAUUUUUGAUUGAGACUAUCUACUGAAGUAUUCUUGUUGUAUUCAUCAAUCCACUACAUUUGUAACACACAAAAAUCACAGGUG